CAAACAGGGGUGCUCUUCCAAAGGAGGCCAGAGACCACCUUUGCCACCAGUGUAGAGAAUGAGGAGGGAGUGGAGUUCUCAUUCAUUAAAGGGUAAAGGGGGAAACCGGUACCUUUUCUUUGUUCUUUCUGUUCAAAUACGUCAGAUUUGAGACUAUUACACAAGCAAUUACUUUAACAUGUGCAAAUUAUUAACUGUGAAGUUAUGUGAUUAUCUGUGAAGGAAACUAUGCUGCAUGAAGACAACAGAAUCAUUCACUCACUGGAUGCAAUCCAACCAUCUCAACUGACAUCACAAUUUUAUUGAUGUCCUUGUUUCUUGUCAAUGAAGUUAGUUGGAGAUGAGAAAGGUCUACCUUGAAAAAUCAUAUCUGACUGCAUGUAGAAUAACUAUGAGACCUCACCUCAGUUCCCUUAAAUGGAGUUUGGCAGUAAAUCAUGUGCGUAAGCAGCAACAUUCUUCAGCAAAUGUUAACCGAUUCGUCUACUUGACGCAAGGUCCUACCAGCUGUGCACGCACGGAGCAGCUCGAGCUUCUCUCACCAUCGAGUAUGAGCAUCCUCAUCAUCGGACAGGAUUUAAGAGCGCGUUCUAAAACUCGUUGGGAUGUUUUUAUUGCAUUUAGAUUCAUAGGAUUUUAAAUGUAAUACAGAUUUGUUUAAACCACAUCAAACCAACUAGCCGAUUCACUUCUACCCCAGUCUUUAACUCUGAGAAAACCUUUUAAGGUAAGUCUAAAGAUGUCACUGAUGUUUGGGAAAGCAAGGAGUUGUAACUUCUCUGCUAUCCCUGAGGGGGGACAACCUGAGGUCAAUGUGGUCAUCGUUGGAGUGAAGGGCUCAGGAAAAUCAGCGUUGACUGUCAAAUUUCUCACCAAGCGCUUCAUCAGUGAAUAUGACCCCAAUCUAGAGGAUACUUACUCUUCUGAGGACAUGGUGGACCAACAGCCUGUCGUUGUGAAAGUUAUGGACACAGCUGACCAGGACGGCCCAGUGAACUGUGAGCGUUACCUCUCAUGGGCCAGUGCCUUCCUUGUGGUCUACAGCAUAGACAAUAGACGGAGCUUUGAGGGCUGCCAACAGUACCUGGAGGCCAUCACCGUCCACACCAAGGCCCCGCAGCCCAAGACCCCCAUUAUACUGCUGGGCAACAAGCUGGACAUGGAGAGAUACAGGCAGGUGAGUAAGUCGGACGGCUCCUCCCUCGCCACCCGUUUCGGCUGCCUGUUCUUCGAGGUGUCUGCUUGCCUGGACUUCCUGUCUGUCCAGCGGGUCUUCCAUGAAGCCGUGAGGGAGGCCAGGCAGCUGGGCGGCAAAAGGAGCCCCCCGUUACGUCCCCUUUACAUCAGUGAGGACAACAAGCCAUUGUUCAGCCUCGCCACUGUGCCCCCGUUCACCACCCCCUGCUACAAGGAGCUCCCAGUGCCCGCCACCGCCAAGCUGGUGACGGUCAAGUCAUCACGGGCACAGAGCAAACGGCGGGCACCCACGCUGACGCUGCUCAAGGGCUUCAAGAUCUUCUGAUGAGUCGAUGGAGAAUGAGACCAGACUUAAAGAAUGGAAAUUUGAGACUUGUCUCAAACUUGUGCUCAAACCUUGAGACUUAACUUGGACUUGUGCCAGAGACUGAGACUUGACUGAGUGUCUCAGGCUUGAAGACUUGAGACUCAACCUGGACUUUCCAAACUGCCAUAGUGGCUUACAAUAUGGACAAGUGAGAGAACUGUGAAAUAGGUUAUGAGAGACAAUGGACUGUGUCAAAUGUGAAAAACAGAACAAAAUAGAGACAGAAUAACAUACAACCAAGCCAUCAACAUACUGUAUGUAGCAGAAGCUGUCAUGGUGAUAUCACCAUCACUUUGUUGGAGCAUGUACCAAAACGUCAUGAUGACUUACUGCACCUUCAAGUGAAGAGAAGGAACAGUAAUUAUCAGAGCUCCUUGAGAGAUGGACAGUAAUGGACUGGUGUUUAAACUGUCAUUGUGAAUGUUGAAUUUAUAUUGCCAAAGUUGUCAAAGUUUGUCUUGAAGUCAGUUACUGGGACAAAGCUAUGUUAGUUGCCAAAUGUAUGGUGGUGAUUGGAAUGCAUAUGACGGUGAUGGUAUGUUCACUGUAGUAUAGAUUGCUGACACUAUGCACAUGUAUAUUUAUAUGCAUUUUAAUAAGCUUUAAAGGACUACUAAUUUUAUUGAAUGAAGACAUAUUUUGUUAAUGUAGACACAUGUUUUAAGUUAUUUGAUGUUAUAACACAAAGUAGCAAGUCAAUCUUUGAGUAAAAGGCCCAGUGCAGUCAAAA